AUGUACAACGACAUCGUUUUCGAAAAUAACUCUAAAAUUGAAGAUAUGGUGAACAUUUUGGUAUUGAAAAGUUUAGAGAUUUAUUUAAUUCCUGUUUUGAGUGAUGUUCACCUUGCACUUCAACACAUGGCUUUAUUUCUAACUUCUCUUCUGCAAGUUUUUUUAAAUAUUAUUUGGACUUUCAAGGGAUAUACAUUUUUUACUCAUACCGCUUACAAGAUGGAGGACCAGAAUACACAAGAAUCGCUAAUUUGUUGGAGAACCUGGCGUCUUCAUGAUUCGAAGAU